GUGUGGAUUAUACGGGGGACGAAGUUCUUCAUGCGCUUCCUUUGAAGGCCAGUGAGAUUGCGGAGGGUGAUGUUGCAAAGUGGUUGUUGGAUCCGGAGCUUACUUUGCUACCCCGAGAUAAAUGGCCUAGUCCUUUGCCGCGUGCCUCGAUGAACUGUACUAGAGAGGAUUGGUGUGAGCUAGUGCCGUUGCUAGUAAAGAAGCGUAUCCUCGAGCCCAUCAGCAAAUCAGAAAUCUUCACCGUCAAUGGUGCCCCUGUACUCAAUGGGGCUUUUGCUGUACCUAAGAAGGGGGUGUUCCUAGCGGCGGCAGUUAUCCCAAUGGGUUGGGUGAAUGCCGUGGGUCUAUUCCAGCCACAGAGAGGAGCGGGAAUGGCGGCGCGAUCGUCCGGUGCCAAGCUCGGCAGUUUCGAAAGAUGGAGGAUAAGUCCCAUGUACGUGAACCACGCGUUAUUCGUAUGGGCAAGCAUAGGGGUGAAGCCACUUCUCAUGGCCCUUGGCCGUUUGGUGAGGCAGUACUUAAUGGGCUCAAAUGGAGAUUGCGGCGAGCUGGCAAUGGAUAUGACGUUGCAUAGCCUGUCGUGGAACGACCUCGAUGAAGCGAUCUGUGCCUGGAUUGAGUUUGCCUACUCAGAGGGUGAACACAAAUCGCUGGUGAAUUUUGCUUUAGCUGGGUUGCAGUUUUACCUGCCCGCUUGUGUCGGCAAGCUUAAGCAGGCCUGGCGGUUAGCAAAAGUGUGGCAACGCUUGGAGCCACCCCUACGCGUGCUACCUUUGUCACCCUUGCUGACAUCGGCGUUUGCCGGUGCGUGUGUGCUUAUGGGCUUCAUUGGAGAAGCAGCUGGGUUUCUAAUUGGCUUCGACUGCAUGCUGCGCUCAGGUGAACUGUACAACCUGCGGCGGAAAGACAUCACGUUUAUGAGAGAUAAGGCGGUCCUCAGUUUGGGAAAAAGCAAAACCGGCAAGCGAACAGGGGCGAAUGAGAUGGUUGUGGUGGAAUCAUGUGUCGCAGUGCAAUGGCUGCGCGAGGCCUGCUCCACAUUGCAUCCAGAUGACCGCCUUCUUUUUCGAGGAGAACGGUUUUUCAGAAAGCUUUUUCAUGCAUUAGUGGAGUUCUUUGAGACUCCGGGCCUCUUGACGGUGUACAGCCUUCGAAGAGGCGGUGCUACCUGGAAUUUUCUUUUCCAUGGUAGCAUGGAAAAGACGCUGCUGCGUGGACGCUGGUCCAGUACCUCCACA